CGUUUCGUGCCAUUGGAAGAGAUGAACAACCGAUUAGUUGUGGUCUUAUGUAACCUAAAACCGGCUAAAAUGCGAGGAAUCACUUCCGAGGCGAUGGUUAUGUGCGCUUCCACUCCAGAGAAGGUCGAGAUAUUAUCGCCACCCGAGGGCUCCCUUCCCGGCGAUCGGGUUGUCUUCGAUAAAUACCCCGGAACGGCUGAUUCGCAAUUGAAUCCAAAGAAGAAGAUUUGGGAACAAAUAGCGCCCGACUUGAAGACCGACGGCUCACGAGUGGCCACAUAUAAAGGCGAACCGUUUAAAGUGGAGUCCAAGGGUUUAGUGACCGCACAAACGUUGGCCAACGUUGCCGUCAAGUGAUUGACUUAUGUUUUAUUAUUUAUACACUUGUUUUACACAAUAAUUCAAACAAAAAGACAACUAAUUUUUCUAAAACAAUAAUAAUUGCUUUAUUUAAUGAAUUAUUAAUUAAU